AAAAUAUGAGUGAUGCAUUUUUAGGUUAUAAUGAAUGUUGUUUCAUCGUUUUUAUGUAAAUAUAGCGAUUUAUUGAAGUGAUUUUGCGUAAAAAUGGUUCGUGGAGGGAGGGAUAGAAGCCGGACUCCGGAAAAAAGGCGGAAGCGGUCGAGGAGCAGGAGUUAUGAGAGGGUUAAAGCGCUUAGGCAUAGAAGGAGUCGUUCGAGGGAAAACAGGAGAAGAAGUAGGAGUAGAUCGAAGGAAAGGAGGAGUAGGUCAAGGGAUAGGAGGGAAAGAGAUAGAGUUGAUAGAGAAAGGAGAUCAUAUAGCAGAGAAAGGGAUAAUAGGAGGGCUGACAAACGUGGUGGAACUGGAAAAUCAAGGCGUAGAGACAAAUCUCGCUCAAGAUCGCGCUCCAAAGAAAAAACUGAAGAUUCUGGUCUCUCAUUUGACCCCAAUAAUUUGGACAAAGAAGAAGAACAGAAAAAAUUGGAGUUGGAGAUGCAGAAAAGACGAGAACGGAUAGAGCGUUGGAGAGCCGAACGUAAGAAAAAAGAGCAAGAAGCCACAAAAAAGGAAGCACAGAAAGGCACCCUGGUGCAAAACCUAACAAUCCCCCAAGGCGCCGUCAAAAAGUGGUCACUCGAGGACGAUUCCGAGGACGAAGACAAAGGUGAGGUUAAAUCCGACAAAACGCAUAAAAAAGAUGGCCACUGCGAAGAAAAAGUCGAAGAAAUACCCGAAGAAGAACCCCCUAAACCCCCAGAACCGGAAAAAGCCCCGGAAGAAGAUGUGGACCCUCUGGAUGAGUUCAUGAAGAGUGUACAAGAAGAGGUUCGCAAAAUCAACAAAUUUGAAGUAAAGAAACCCGGCUCGAACGAUACUAAAAGCUCCAUGGUCAUUGUAAGCGGCGUUGCCAAAGCCAAAGCCAGUAAAAAUAAGGGAGAGUUAAUAGAGCAGAAUCAAGACGGUCUCGAAUAUUCCUCUGAGGAAGAGCAAGAAGAUUUGAAGGAUACUGCGGCUAAUAUAGCUAAUAAACAGAAAAAAGAAUUGGCCAAAAUUGAUCACGAUAACAUCCGGUACAUUUCGUUUAGGAAGAGUUUUUAUGUCGAAGUCCCGGAAAUCGCUAAAAUGACCCAAGAUGAGGUGGACGCCUAUAAGGAGGAAAUGGAGGGCAUUAGAGUGAAAGGUAAAGGGUGUCCCAAGCCCAUCAAAACGUGGGCGCAAUGCGGCGUUUCCACUAAGGAACUGAACACCCUGAAAAAAAUGGGCUUCGAGAAGCCCACUCCUAUCCAGGCGCAAGGUAUACCGGCCAUUAUGUCCGGUAGGGAUUUGAUCGGUAUCGCGAAAACGGGAAGCGGUAAAACGCUUGCGUUUUUGUUGCCGAUGUUCAGGCACAUUUUGGACCAACCUCCUCUGGAGGAAACCGACGGUCCGAUCACCAUCAUCAUGACCCCGACCAGAGAGCUGUGCAUGCAGAUCGGCAAGGACAUCAAGAAGUUCACGAAGAGUUUGAACCUGCACGCCGUGUGCGUGUACGGCGGCACGGGGAUAUCGGAGCAGAUAGCCGAGCUGAAGCGGGGCGCCGAGAUCAUAGUGUGCACGCCGGGCCGCAUGAUCGACAUGCUCGCCGCCAACAGCGGCAAGGUGACGAACCUGCGCCGCGUCAGCUACAUAGUCUUGGACGAGGCGGACCGCAUGUUCGACAUGGGCUUCGAACCGCAGGUGAUGCGCAUCAUCGACAACGUGCGCCCCGAUCGGCAGACCGUCAUGUUCAGUGCGACUUUUCCCCGGCAGAUGGAGGCGCUCGCGCGCAGGAUCUUGCAGAGGCCCAUCGAAGUUCAGGUUGGUGGUAGAUCUGUGGUUUGCAAAGAGGUCGAACAAAACGUGGUUAUCAUUGAAGAGGACAACAAGUUUUUGAAACUUCUAGAAUUGCUAGGUUUAUACCAAGAACAUGGAAGCAUUAUUGUAUUCGUUGAUAAGCAAGAAAAUGCCGAUAUUUUACUGAAAGAAUUGAUGAAAGCUGCCUAUAACUGCCUAAGCUUACACGGGGGUAUCGACCAGUUUGACAGGGACUCCACCAUAAUAGAUUUCAAAUCGGGGAAAGUCAAACUUUUGAUUGCCACUUCGGUAGCAGCCAGGGGGUUGGAUGUAAAGCAACUAAUACUGGUGGUGAAUUACGACUGCCCGAACCAUUACGAGGACUACGUUCAUAGAUGCGGCCGGACGGGAAGGGCCGGCAAUAAAGGUUUCGCCUACACCUUCAUCACCCCGGAGCAGUCGAGAUACGCCGGCGACAUAGUCCGGGCGCUGGAGCUGGCCACCGUGCCGGUCCCCGAGGCGCUCCGCGCUCUCUGGGACAGCUACAAGCAGAAGCAGGAAUCGGAGGGCAAGAAGGUGCACUCGGGGGGCGGUUUCAGCGGCAAAGGCUUCAAGUUCGACGAGAACGAAGCCGCCGCAGUCAACGAGCGCAAGAAGUUCCAGAAGGCGGCGCUCGGCCUGGCCGACUCGGACGACGAAGACUUGGAGCACGACAUCGACCAGCAGAUCGAGAGCAUGUUCGCGACGAAGAGGACGGUGAAGGAGAUCAAGGCUCCGCUCGGCAUCAUCAACCACGCCACCAUGGGGAACACCGGCACGGCCGUCGACAAGCUGGAGCUGGCGAAAAGGUUGGCCUCGAAAAUCAACCUGACCAAAAACUCGAGCCUGGACACGAAGUUCGCUACGCAGCAAGCUGCGGAAUCGAUCCUCAAGGGCAGCGGAAGCCAGCCUCCGAUAACCGCUAAGACGGUAGCUGAGCAGCUGGCCGCGAAGCUCAACACGAAGCUGAACUAUCAACCUAAAGACGAUGAGGAUCGUUUGGACGACGAUUCGGAGCAGACGUUCAGGAAAUACGAGGAGGAGUUGGAGAUAAACGAUUUCCCCCAACAAGCAAGGUGGAGAGUCACAUCUAAAGAAGCCUUGGCUCAAAUUUCUGAAUAUUCCGAAGCCGGUAUUACAGUUAGAGGUACGUAUGUGCCUACAGGAAAGUCGCCCCCUGAAGGUGAAAGAAAAUUGUACUUGGCGAUUGAAAGUACUUCAGAUAUAGCCGUUUCUAAAGCAAAAUCCGAAAUUACCAGAUUAAUCAAAGAAGAGUUGCUUAAAUUGCAAACGGCCGGUCACCACACCUUUAAUAAGGCUAGGUAUAUAAACCAAUUAAACCCAACUUCAACCAUCAGAUUUCUAAAGUUUGUCUUUGAAAGACAAACAAAAAUGAAAUUAGUGAUUUUAACCGCCCUUCUGGGCUUUGCAGCAUUAUCUUUGUCAUCACCUACACAAGACAUUGGCAAAAUUGAUGAUAAGGAAUUUUUGAGUAAACAAUUGGGUGUUUUAAAGUUGUUUUACUUGAUACAACAACCUAGUUUUAAUGAGGAAUUUAUAAAAAUCGCUGAAGAGUUUAAAAUUGAGAACCAUGCGGAUUUUUACAAAGAUCACCAAGCGUACAAAAACUUCAUGGAUUUCUAUAGGUAUGAGGAAUUUUUGCCUAGGGGGGCAAUUUUUUCUAUUUUCAAUGAUAAACAUGUCGAACAAGUGAAAGUACUAUUCAAACUCUUUUACUACGCUAAAGAUUAUGAAACUUUUUAUAAAACUUCCAUAUGGGCAAGGCAAUACUUCAAUGAAGGUCUAUUUUUGUACACUUUUUCCGUUGCUAUAUUGAACCGUCCCGAUACGAAGGGGGUCGUUUUGCCACCUAUAUACGAGGUGUAUCCACAUUAUUUUUUCAAUGCUGAAUCUUUGAAUGAGGUUGAUAUUUAUAAGCAGACUUUUACUGGUGAGAAAAUCGAGAAUUUUGAGGUUUACGCAAAUUAUUCUGGAUAUAAUCUGAAUCUGAACCCUGAGCAAUCUCUUAGCUAUUUUACAGAAGAUAUCGGUCUUAACUCUUACUACUACUACUUUAACCUGUUUAACCCCUUCUGGUUGUCGGGUAAGAAGUUUAAUUUGUAUGAAAAUCGCGGUGAAUUGUACUAUUAUUACUACCAGCAACUUUUAUCAAGAUUUUAUCUGGAACGUCUCUCAAAUGGUUUUGGGGAAAUUUCUUAUUUCAACUACGAUGUCCCAUUCGAAACCUCAUUUAAAUCGUCUUUGAGAUAUCCAAAUGGAUUAUCUUUCCCUGAAAGGCCUAAGUUUGCCAAAUUACACGAAUAUUUCUAUAAUUAUGGACAAAAGUGGAGUUUCAAGUCCAAAUAUGGUUACAGUUAUUCUUUCAUUAAAGACUAUGAAAGGAGAAUUGUUGAUGCUAUAGAUGCUGGCUUUAUACUUAAGUCAAAUGGUGAUAAAUACUUCUUCAGCAACGAUAAGGAUAAGUACUCUAGCAAGGCCUUCAAUACUUUAGGAGCCUUAAUAGCCAAUUAUAACCACGAAUUUGCUUUUCCGCAGUACUAUGGACAUUAUGAAGCGUUUUCAAGGCAUCUAUUAGGAUAUUCAGAGCAACCUCUGGAAGAUAACAAAUUGGUGCCCUCUGCAUUGGAACACUACGAAACUUCGUUGAGAGACCCAGCCUUCUACCAACUUUACAAAAGAAUUCUAUUGUUUUUCCAGAGAUACAAGAGUUAUCUGCCAAGUUACACCAAGGAAGAGUUAACAUUCAAUGGUGUCAAAAUUGAAAAAGUGAACUUUAACCGCUUGGAAACAUACUGCGAUUAUUAUAAAGCCGUAGUCAGUAAUGCUGUUUACCACACAAAGGAAGAAUACAACAAAAGGACAUUCAGAGCCUCAAUCAAACAAAAACGAUUAAAUAACAAAGACUUUAACUACGAAAUAGAAGUUAAAUCCGACAAGGACGUAAAGGCGACCGUCAAAAUCUACUUCGGGCCGAAAUACGACGAAUACGGACGUUCCAUCGACAUCGCAGAAAACAGAUUCAACUUCGUGAAACUCGACAGCUUCGAAUACAACUUAAGAUCGGGUGUCAACAUUAUCAAGCGUUCUUCAAACGAAUCAAGAUUUUACACCAACGACUUGACGUCUUCCUACGAUUUAUACGAGGCCGUCAAAAAAUCGGCAGAAUUUUCCACGGACUAUGUGGAAUCGCUUUACAAAUUCCCAAGGAGAUUGAUGUUGCCCAAAGGGUCAGAGAAGGGCAUCCCGUUGCAGUUCUACGUGUUUAUAGCGCCGUAUGUAAAAGGGACUGGCAACAGUUUGGAUGGGUAUCCCCUGGGAUAUCCAUUCGAUCGCCCCAUCAGAUUUGAGAAGAUGUUCCAUGAUGUACCAAACUCGUACUUUUAUGAGGCCAAAGUCUACCACAAGCAAUACUUCAAUAAAGGUCCAUUUUUGUACAAUUUUUCCGUUGCUAUAUUGAACCGUCCCGAUACGAAGGGGGUCGUUUUGCCACCUAUAUACGAGGUGUAUCCACAUUAUUUCUUCAAUGCUGAAUCUUUGAAUGAGGUUGAUAUUUACAAGCAGAGUUUUACUGGUGAGAAAAUUAAGAAUUUUGAGGUUUACGCAAAUUAUUCUGGAUAUAAUCUGAAUCUGAACCCUGAGCAAUCUCUUAGCUAUUUUACAGAAGAUAUCGGUCUUAACUCUUACUACUACUACUUUAACCUGUUUAACCCCUUCUGGUUAUCGGGUAAGGAGUUUAAUUUAUAUGAAAAUCGCGGUGAAUUGUACUAUUAUUACUACCAGCAACUUUUAUCAAGAUUUUAUCUGGAACGUCUCUCAAAUGGUUUUGGAGAAAUUUCUUAUUUCAACUACGAUGUCCCAUUCGAAACCUCAUUUAAAUCGUCUUUGAGAUAUCCAAAUGGAUUAUCUUUCCCUGAAAGGCCUAAGUUUGCCAAAUUACACGAAUAUUUCUAUAAUUAUGGACAAAAGUGGAGUUUCAAGUCUAAAUAUGGUUACAGUUAUUCUUUCAUUAAAGACUACGAAAGGAGAAUUGUUGAUGUUAUAGAUGCUGGCUUCAUACUUAAGUCAAAUGGUGAUAAAUACUUCAUCAGCAACGAUAAGGAUAAGUACUCUACCAAGGCCUUCAAUACUUUAGGAGCCUUAAUAGCCAAUUAUAACCACGAAUUUGCUUUUCCGCAGUUCUAUGGACAUUAUGAAGCGUUUUCAAGGCAUCUAUUAGGAUAUUCAGAGCAACCUCUGGAAGAUAACAAAUUGGUGCCCUCUGCAUUGGAACACUACGAAACCUCGUUGAGAGACCCAGCCUUCUACCAACUUUACAAAAGAAUUCUAUUGUUUUUCCAGAGAUACAAGAGUUAUCUGCCAAGUUACACCAAGGAAGAGUUAACAUUUAAUGGUGUCAAAAUUGAAAAAGUGAACUUCAACCGCUUGGAAACAUACUGCGAUUAUUUUAAAGCCGUAGUCAGUAAUGCUGUUUACCACACAAAGGAAGAAUACAACAAAAGGACAUUCAGAGCCUCAAUCAAACAAAAACGAUUAAAUAACAAAGACUUCAACUACGACAUAGAAGUUAAAUCCGACAAGGACGUAAAGGCGACCGUCAAAAUCUACUUCGGGCCGAAAUACGACGAAUACGGACGUUCCAUCGACAUCGCAGAAAACAGAUUCAACUUCGUGAAACUCGACAGCUUCGAAUACAACUUAAGAUCGGGUGUCAACAUUAUCAAGCGUUCUUCAAACGAAUCAAGAUUUUACACCAACGACUUGACGUCUUCCUACGAUUUAUACGAGGCCGUCAAAAAAUCUGCAGAAUUUUCCACGGACUAUGUGGAAUCGCUUUACAAAUUCCCAAGGAGAUUGAUGUUGCCCAAAGGGUCCGAAAAGGGAACCCCUUUGCAGUUCUACGUGUUCAUAGCGCCUUAUGUUAAAGGGACAGGCAACAGUUUGGAUGGGUAUCCCCUGGGAUAUCCGUUCGAUCGCCCCAUCAGAUUCGAGAAGAUGUUCCAUGAUGUACCAAACUCGUACUCUUAUGAGGCCAAAGUCUACCACAAGCAAUACUUCAAUGAAGGUCUAUUUUUGUACACUUUUUCCGUUGCUAUAUUGAACCGACCCGAUACCAAGGGGGUCGUUUUGCCACCUAUAUACGAGGUGUAUCCACAUUAUUUCUUCAACGCUGAAUCUUUGAAUGAGGUUGAUAUUUAUAAGCAGACUUUUACUGGUGAGAAAAUUAAGAAUUUUGAGGUUUACGCAAAUUAUUCUGGAUAUAAUCUGAAUCUGAACCCUGAGCAAUCUCUUAACUAUUUUACAGAAGAUAUCGGUCUUAACUCUUACUACUAUUACUUUAACCUGUUUAACCCCUUCUGGUUAUCGGGUAAGGAGUUUAAUUUAUAUGAAAAUCGCGGUGAAUUGUACUAUUAUUACUACCAGCAACUUUUAUCAAGAUUUUAUCUGGAACGUCUCUCAAAUGGUUUUGGGGAAAUUUCUUAUUUCAACUACGAUGUCCCAUUCGAAACACCAUUUAAAUCGUCUUUGAGACAUCCAAAUGGAUUAUCUUUCCCUGAAAGGCCUAAGUUUGCCAAAUUACACGAAUAUUUCUAUAAUUAUGGACAAAAAUGGAGUUUCAAGUCCAAAUAUGGUUACAGUUAUUCUUUCAUUAAAGACUAUGAAAGGAGAAUUGUUGAUGCUAUAGAUGCUGGCUUCAUACUUAAGUCAAAUGGUGAUAAAUACUUCUUCAGCAACGAUAAGGAUAAGAACUCUACCAAGGCCUUCAAUACUUUAGGAGCCUUAAUAGCCAAUUAUAACCACGAAUUUGCUUUUCCGUCGUACUAUGGACAUUAUGAAGCGUUUUCAAGGCAUCUAUUAGGAUAUUCAGAGCAACCUUUGGAAGAUAUCAAAUUGGUGCCCUCUGCAUUGGAACACUACGAAACUUCGUUGAGAGACCCAGCCUUCUACCAACUUUACAAAAGAAUUCUAUUGUUUUUCCAGAGAUACAAGAGUUAUCUGCCAAGUUACACCAAGGAAGAGUUAACAUUCAAUGGUGUCAAAAUUGAAAAAAUUAUAGAAGUCAAGAAAUUGACCUUUAUACUUAAUAUAAAGCAUCACAUAGUAAAAAUAGUUUAUACUUGCAUGUUUUGCGGGCCUGCAAACAUGACGUAUUUUGUGGUAACAUUAUUUUUAAGCCUUUGUGCAUUUGGGUUUACCCAGAAGAGUGAGCACUAUAAAGUCGCUGACAAAAAGUACUUGGAACAUCAAAAAGAUGUCUUGUUGUUGUUUAAAUACGUAAAUCAGCCAACGUAUUUCAAGGAACAUACAGAAAUACUUCAGAAAUGGAAGUGGGAUGACUUUGAAAAUGAAUUUGGUUCUCCGGAUGUAUUUAAACAAUUCUGGGAGUACUAUAAGUACGAAGAACUUUUACCGAGGGGAGAAAUUUUUUCUGUGUUCAAUUAUGCACAUCUUCAGCAAGUGAAGAUGCUUUUCAGGAUGUUCUACCACGCCAAGGAUUUUAAAACGUUCUACAAUUUUGCAGUAUGGUGCCGUCAAAAUAUCAACGAAGGCCUAUUUUUGUACACUGUUUCUGUAGCUAUAGUCCACAGACCGGAUACCUAUGGGAUUAUCAUACCACCUAUCUACGAGAUAUAUCCGAACUACUUUUUCGAUGGUGUGGUUAUAAACGAGGCUCAAAAAUACAAGCAAAUGUGGGAUGGGGUUAAAACACAGAAAGGGUAUCAUAUUAUUAAGUCUAAUUACUCAGGAGAAUAUUUGAACUUACAUCCGGAACAAUCCAUGUCUUACUUUAUGGAAGAUGUUGGUAUCAACAAUUUUUACUACUAUUUCAACCUCUUCUACCCCUUCUGGAUGCCAUCGGAAGAAUAUAAAAUCCAAAACGACAAACGCGGUGAAUUGUACUACUACUUCUAUCAACAAAUAUUAGCUAGAUUCUACCUGGAAAGACUUUCAAACGAUUUCGGUGAAAUUCAAAACUUCAACUGGCAAGUUCCAUUCGAAACCCCCUACGAACCUUCACUGCGCUAUCAAAACGGUCUGGAAUUCCCAUCGAGACCUAAAUUCGCAAGAUUGGAAGAAUAUUUUUACAACUACGGCCAAACUUGGUCCUGGAAGGGAAAGCAAAGUUAUGGCUACACUCUUAUAAAUGAGUACGAGCAACGAUUACACGAUGCCAUGGAUUCCGGUUUUGCAAUCAACGAAAAAGGCGACAAAAUCGACAUGUUCAAAGAAGAUGGCCUGAACAUCCUGGGAAACCUCAUCCAAGGCAACGCUGAUUCCCCACUUUCAAACUACUACGGAUCAGUGGAAUUUUACGCGAGGCAUUUGCUAGGCUACGCCUACCAACCUUUAAACAAACACCAACUUUUACCAUCCAGUUUGGAACAUUUUGAGACUUCCAUGCGGGAUCCAGCUUUCUACCAGUUGUACAAAAAAAUUGUGUUGUAUUUCCAGAGGUAUCUGGCUUAUAAACCUGUGUACACCCAAGAUGAGUUGGCAUUUGAUGGGGUUAAAAUCGAGAGGGUUGACUUUGAUCGUUUGGUUACCUACUUCGACACCUUUGAUUCCGAUAUCAGCAACGUCGUGUAUGUUACACCGGAAGAAUACCAAAAAGACGACUUUAGAGUGUACGCUAGGCAAUACCGUUUGAAUCACAAAGCCUUCAACUAUAACAUACAUGUUAAAUCCAGUAAGGAUGUCAAGGCGGUGGUAAAAAUAUUUUUGGGUCCAAAGUACGAUGAGUAUGGCCGCUAUAUCAACAUAAGCGAAAACAGGCUCAACUUCGUUGAAUUCGAUCAUUUCGUUUACGAUUUGAAAUCAGGGGAUAACAAUAUUAAAAGGAACUCUUUUGAGAACACCAUGUAUGGGCCAGAUCGCCUCUCGUAUCACGAUUUGUACAAAAAAGUCUUCAACGCUUUGAAAAAUCAAGAAGAAUUUCACUUGGAUGGCUCUCAACAGUACUUCCAGUUCCCGCAACGCUAUAUGCUACCAAUGGGCAAAAAAGAAGGAAUGCCCUUCCAAUUUUUCACCAUCGUUUACCCAUAUGUUGAGUACGAAGGUAAACAUGAACCCAUGGGUGAAUUUUUCUAUCCCAGAGUGGGCAGUGGGUCGUAUUUUGUCGACAACUACCCACUUUCAUAUCCUUUCGACCGUUACAUCAAGUUUGAGAAAAUGUGGCGCGACAUGCCUAACAUGUACUUCAAGGAAGAGUUGAUUUAUCAUACCGAUGCCAAAAAUAUACAAUCCACGCAUUAAAAUGUCAAAUUUUGAAAAAAUAUAAUAACUUUUUUAUUAA